AAGUGUCAAAGUGGGCCUGUUUCGAAGAGCGCAACAUAAAAAGUGAUUUUUUAAAAGUUUUCCACAAAUCCUUCCUUAAUUUUGCGAGCCGUUUGAUUCUUAGAACGCGGAGUCAAUCCAACGGCCCUACCGUCGAUGCAGCAGUAAGCUCGGCAAGCGAUGUGGAAAUAUGUUUCCCGUCGUAUCCGUGAUGUGUACGACAGAACUGCCGGGAUCUUAGAAGUACGGCGCACCUGGAACUGCGGUCCCGGAGAGCGCUUCUGUGCGGAAAAUCCGCCUGAGGAAGGUGCUGGCGCGAGCAACGAAGAAAGCCAUGGAAAGCGCUUCUGUCUGUUGCAAGCGGUUCGCCCGAGCCAGCUGGACGGACAUACGCGGAAGGAGUACGGAACCGGAUCGAACCAGUCCGAGCGGGAGGGCUUCAAGCGGAAGGAACACCAUCAACCGCGCUUGGAACACUCCUGGAUCGGAGCAAUAACAUGGACGAGUGCCAUCAUUUGCGGCUGGUACACGAGUCAGCUGUUGUGUCUUUACCGUCGCACCCAACAUCCCGGAGGACGCUGUUACCAGUCUCCGCUGCUUCGAACCGCGGCUGAGCAAAAUGGCCUGUCUUUGCUACAUUGCCGGGUGCUCUCGGAGUACUUUAGGCAGCAGACCACAACGCUGCCAUCUGUAUUCUCCAUCGAAUCGCGUAGCUCUUCCUCGGAUAGCAUAUCGCUCGGAAGAAAAUCAGCUCACGGUUCAUCGUUUGCCAGCUUCGGUGGGAUUCCUCUCAGUGAGUUCGUGGACUAUACAGAUGGCCACCAAGCGUUGAGGCAGAACUUUGCUUUCCGAGUCAACAAUGAUCGGAAACCGACCGUUUCUGUCGCCGUUCCGGGCCCCAGCUCUGGCACCGUACAUCACCCGUCCGCAACAUCGUCCAUUGAGCAGCAGCAUGAACCUGAAACGAUCGAAUCGGCCGUGGGGAACUUGCUCAAUGUUCUGGGAGAAAUUGAAUAUCAACUUGGCUGCCAGAACCUGGAGCAGGGAGAGUAUAGUGCAGCCGUUUCUCAUCUAAAAUUGGGAACUAGCCACCAACACGCCGGUGCUGCCUUCAAUCUUGGUGUAUGCUAUGAACAGGGCUACGGUUUGCCCAAGGAUUUGCGAAUGGCUCUGGAAUGCUACCAGCUUGCGGCGGAGCAAGGUCAUCCACAGGCGUUGUAUAAUCUUGGUGUGUUCUACGCUCGAGGGUCUGCCGGUUUACGUCCUAGUCGCUCGAUGGCCAAAAAGUACUUCGUUGCUGCCGCCGAACUUGGUUUGGAAGAGGCCAUUAGGGCUCUAGGUCCCAAGUACCAGCAGGGCAGGAAGCCCUCCAUGGAGGUGCCGGUGUCGGGUUUUGAGGAGUCAUCGAUUACCGAUGCUAAACGGCAAUUUUCGCUCGUUAACGUGGAGCAGUUCCACCCCGCGAAACGCAUUGAAGGAUGGACUAACAUGCCGCUUCAAAUCGUAGCCGCUCGUGGUUAGACGUGAAGUGGACAAACUUACCUACAGUUGACCUUUCGUAGGAUCUGUCCUUAAUGUUGUGUGUGAUUUUUUCUUGUUCUUUUCUGUGUCAUUUUAACCGGUGUUUGGUUUAAUUUGGAAGCCUCCACCGCCCGAUCUACACCUCUUCGUCAUACUGCGUUUGUAGUAAGCGAUCGGUUACAAGAAGAUUGAUUGUUUUAUUGUGCUCUGUACCUUUCGCUGGCCACAGUGUGGCAGUAUCGGAUUAUGUGUAGCAACUAUUGACAAUGACGGGCUUCGGUAUGGUAUUUGUUUUUAGUGCAUGUGCUGGAUCGUAGAUCAAGAAUAAAAACCAUUUGAAAGUUUAUAAAGUAAAAUAUUAACUUUUCUAAAUAU